GAACUCAAUCCUAAUUAAAAAGUGAUCCAGUCGGCCCAUUCGGGUUAACACCACAACGGGUUGGGUUUGGGCAUAUCAAGUUGACCCGACCGGACUUGCACCCCAAUACACACAACAGAAACGAAGCCGUUUUAGGCCUUACAAACUCGUCUCCCUCUCUCCCAGUGAUCUCGCUCCUAAAAACACAGGCAAGGCUGUAAGAAAAAUGGAGGUGAAGGAGGAGCAGAGCACGAAGAGGAAGAAGCAGAAGCAGGGAAGGUUCUGGACAUGGGUUGCAGCAUCAGUGUUGUUCAGGCUCAUUCUCAUCUACUUCCCCAAAAAUCUCAACCUCUCUUCUCGCCCCGAAGUCUCCACCCCUCUCACCAGCCUCCGUCGCCUGGCUGAGGGUUACUGGUUGAAGCAGUCGUCAAUGUCUCCCUAUGCAGGAUCUAUGUACCACGGAUCUCCUUUGUUACUCUCACUUCUUGGGCCACUCACAAUCAAAAGAAUUGAAGGGCAACCCAGUCAUCUUCUAUGCAGUUUGGUUUUUGUGGUUGCAGAUAUAUUGAAUGCAAUGCUUAUUCGUGCUACUGGUCAGACUCUUCAGGUUGCAUAUAGGCAGAGUUUGAAAUCACUAGAUCUUGAUACGAUAUCAGAAAGCAUGGAGGUCCUCUCUUCAGGAGAUGUUGCUGCUCUUGUGUACCUGUGGAAUCCUUUCACAAUAGUUGCAUGUGUGGGUUUGUCAACAUCUCCAAUUGAAAAUCUGGCCAUCAUAUUGGCCCUCUAUGGAGCAUGUAAACGAAUGGUUCCCUUGGCUGCUUUUGGAUGGGUCAUGGCAACACAUCUGUCUCUUUAUCCUAUGAUUCUCAUAAUUCCAAUAAUUCUUUUAUUAGGAUAUGGUCCAGAUACUCCUAGGAAAUUGUUGCUGAUGAGGAGAUAUGGUAAAGUUGAAGAUAACUCGUCAAGUGAUAGUUUUCAACAACAGGAUAAAGUUAUUAAUCAAUCAGACCUACCCAAAGUUUUCGCUUGGAGACCUACCAUGCUUUUCUUAUUGUGGGUUAUUAUGUGGUCAGUCUAUGUGUUACUCCUGUGUGGCAUAUCUGUUAAACAGUAUGGUGGUCUCUGGGAGAUGUUUGAAAGAAUGUAUGGUUUCAUUCUUACUGUGCAAGAUUUGUCUCCGAAUAUAGGUGUCUUAUGGUAUUUCUUUGCAGAGGUCUUCGAUUUUUUUAGAAAUUUCUUCCUGAUUGUUUUCCAUAUGAAUAUUCUCUUUAUGAUAUUUCCAUUGGCCAUACGGCUCAAGCACCGUCCCUGCUUUCUUGCUUUUGUCUACAUCACCAUCUCAUCAAUGCUUAAGUCUUAUCCUUCUGUUGGGGAUUCAGCUCUGUACUUUGGUUUGUUGGGCUGGUUUGUUAAUGAACUGUCAGAAAUGCAAUUCUCGUUCUGCCUCUUCAGUGUUUAUGUUGGGGUUUCCCUCCUUAGCCCUGUGAUGCACAACCUAUGGAUAUGGAGGGGCACUGGCAAUGCAAAUUUCUACUUCGCUACUGCAAUUACUUAUGCUUGUUUGCAGAUGGUUCUGGUGGUUGAAAGUGUAAGUGCAAUGCUCAAUCAUGACCGGAAGCUAAAAAAGUUGACUAAUGCAAAGCUUCAAAAUGGCAAAUCUUAAUCAGUUCUUAGAAAUGAAGUUUGUCUCUGAUCAAUCAGCUUCUCAGUAUACUCCUUGCAUCACCAAGAAUAGCAUCAGUGCUCAGCAGCGAUUCAUCUUUUAACUGCUUGUAUGCAAGAGUUCAAGGCUGUGUUUAUCAUGGAUUAGAAGAUCAUCACUUCUUUUGGAACACAUGUUUUCAUCAGCAUAUCUAUGCGGGGUUUUUAUAUCUUCUUUUCCAUUUUAGUUUAAGGUGGGGUUUUUUGUUAGCAGGGAGGAUUUGUACAAUCGGAUACAAUAUUUCACACAUUUUUUUACCUUACUCCUGAUGCAUACACAGAGAGAUUAUUGUCUUCUUUCUCUUGUACUUAGAUUUCAAGUUGUGCAAAAAUGAUUAAGGGUAGUAAUUGAGUCAUCGUGUUGUGUUCAACACAUCCAGUUUCUGAACAUGGUUGAGUUUGCAGUCGCAGUUCAACAGAUUGUUACGGCCAGGACCAAACUGACUUAAAAGGACAGCAGUUUCAAUAAACAUGUUUAUGUCACUUGAAUUUCA